GUUCAUCCGUAUUAUAAAUCAAACAGUGAAAGAAAAUUCAUUCACAACCAAAAUGGGCUUCUCUUCCAAAUCAUCAACGAAUUCUCAUCUUCACUUUUCAAUCUUCUUAUUUCAAAUCAUCACAGUAUUAUCACUUUUUCCUACUCCUACAAAUCCAAUCUCCUUUAACUACACGAAUUUUGCAACGGAUGAUCCUCGCAUAAAUUUCCAAGGAGAUGCAACUAGGAACAGUAGCUUCAUUGAACUCACCAGCAAAACAACCAUUGAUGCCGGAUUUGGAAGGCGCCAGUAUGCUGGCCGUGCCACUUACUCAGAAGCUGUACAACUCUGGGAUAGAACCACCGGAAGGCAGGCAGACUUUGAUACUCACUUCUCAUUCAUCAUUGAUGAUGGGGGUAAUGAGACUGAAGCUGGUGAUGGCAUAACUUUUUUUCUUGCACCUUUCGGGUCAAUACUUCCUCGAGUUUCUUGGGGUAACGCUCUUGGCUUGUUGACUAGGGACAUAUCUCUAAAGAAUUUUUCGACAAAUCAAAUUGUUGCGGUUGAGUUUGAUAGUUUUGAAGACGGAUGGGAUACAAGUCCGGAUCAUGUUGGUAUUAAUGUUAACUCGGUAGUAUCUGAGGCUACCGUGUCGUUAGAAAGGGGUGCUAUAAAGGAUGGAAGAAAAGCUAAUGCUUGGGUAAGUUAUAAAUCUGCUACCAAAAACUUGAGUGUGUAUCUAACUUACGCUGAAAAUUCUGUUUUCAGCGGACGCUCUACUUUGUAUCAUGUUGUUGAUCUAAGCAAAGUUCUACCGGAACGGAUUACUGUUGGAUUUUCAUCAGCCGUAAACUGGCAUAACGAACUUCAUCGACUCUAUUCCUGGCAGUUCAAUUCUACUUUACAAUUGACAGAGGUAAAAAAAGAUAAUAAAACUGAUAAAGGGAAAGGUAAUAAUAUAACUGCACUGGUGGUCGGUCUUGGUGGAGUUGGCCUGGGUGUUUUAGUAUGUGGGCUCAGUUUUGCUUUGUUUAUUUGGUGUAAAAGGAGGCGCAGCUCAAGGAAAUUCUCAGAUCAUGCAGCGAAUUCCGAUGUGUCAAUGGACGAUACAUUUGAGAAUGGAACAGGACCGAAGAGGUUCUCAUAUACCGAACUGGCUAAUGCAACAAAUAACUUCGACGAAGGAGGAAAACUUGGACAGGGAGGAUUUGGAGGAGUUUACAAAGGUUUCUUGAGUGAUAAAAACUUGGAUAUUGCCGUCAAGAGGAUCUCUAGUGAAUCAAAACAAGGUAUAAAGGAAUACCAAUCGGAAGUAACGGUCAUUAGCCAGUUACGGCACAGAAAUCUGGUUCAGCUUAUCGGCUGGUGCCAUGAAAGAAAUGAAUUACUUCUUGUAUACGAAUUCAUGCCAUACAGGAGCCUUGAUAAGCAUUUAUUCCAAGGGAAAAAUGUUCUCACUUGGGAAGUCAGGUACAAUAUUGCUCUUGGUUUAGCUUCUUCAUUAUUAUAUUUACACGAAGCAUGGGAACAGUGUGUAGUUCAUAGAGAUAUCAAACCAAGUAAUAUAAUGCUGGAUUCGAAAUUUAAUGCUAAACUCGGCGAUUUUGGUUUAGCAAGGUUUGUUGAUCAUGAGUUAGGUUCUCAAACAACGGUCUUAGCAGGUACUGUGGGGUAUUUAGCGCCUGAGUCUGUUGCUACGGGUAAAUCAAGCAAAGAAUCGGAUGUUUAUGCUUUUGGAAUCGUAGCACUUGAACUUGCUUGUGGGAGAAAGCCGAUCGAUGAAUCUAAGGAACUCUUACUAGAGUGGGUUUGGAAACUUUAUGGCUGUGGAAAGGUGAUUGAAGCAGCCGAUGAUAGAUUAUGCAAGAAUUUCGAUGAGCAACAAAUGGAACAAUUGUUGGUUUUGGGGUUAUGCUGUGCUCAUCCUAAUCAUACUAAUAGACCUUCCAUUAGGAAAGCGUUUAGCAUUCUUAAUUUCGAAUAUCAUUUACCGGUUCUUCCAUCCAAGAUGCCUACUCCAGAGUUUAAUGCAUCCCCAGUUCAUAUGUGUAGGAUUGCUUCGCAAACAGAUGGUAGCCAGGGUACUUGCAGUUUCUGCUCCAACACCAAUAUGUCCCAGUUCACACUGUCUUCUUCUGAUCCAGCUUCAAAAUCUCUUCUAAAUUCCGGUGAAAUUUGAUUCGUGAUAAGCUCAUUUGGCCCUGGAUUUAGUGUGUUUGAUUGAUUCUGCAUUUUUGGCUUUUGUUUUUUGUUUUAAUUUUGUAUUUUUAAGAAAGUCAUUUUUGGCUAAGAAGUUACCGUCCGGUCUUUUAACGAAUGUAUUUACAGCUCAAUUGAGUCAAAACAAGUGUUCUAUUGAACAGCUACA